UUGGGGACGGUUGUAAACAUCAGGCCGGCGGUGCGGCGUCACGUCGGUACUCGGUACGGCAUCGUUUUGACCACGCGGGGAGGGAUCCGCGGCACUCGGGCGGCCGCCGCCGCGCGCUACGCUCGCAACAUGUCGGUUCGCGUAGGUCAUCGCGAUCGCGAUCGCUUUUCGAGACAUUCUUCCCGCGCUUCUGCCGAUCUCGCUUUUCCAAGUAGUUCAAGUCGAGAUCACUCAUUUCGCUCGGUCCAUUCAGGUCGCGUGCCGAGAGUUUCUAGCGAUGACUUAAUGGUACCUGUGCGCACUUUGCGCUCAUCGUCGUGUCGUGUGACCUCAGGUGCACCCCACCGUCUCCGGCGACACCACUCUUCUGCCGCCGAUUGUGAACGAGCUCGACGUUCUCGGCGUCAUACACUAGAACUUCCCAAUAGUCGCGGUCCAAGUGUUCGCAGCCGCUCUCCUGAACCGCCGCCUCUACCUCCGGAGCCUGAAAUUCCGCCGGAAGAUGCUGGAAAAGAAGCAAGGAGGCGUCGAGUUGUUGCAGCCGUGGCAGCAUCGUUCUUCGCACUCGCGUUGGCGUCAGUGCUCGUGGUGGUGGUUACGCUGACACACAGCUCGGUUCUCCGCGCUCACAAUCAAACAGCCAAGUACUACACGUUCUCCGUGCCGCCGCACCAUCCUCUCAGUGAGCCCCGUUCAUGUUGCCCCACCGUCGCCCCUCCCGCUUCGCAUGCGACUGUCUCCGACCCUGAGUGUCAGGGGCUGCGAACGUCGCCGUGCCCACGCCCGCGCCGUCCGGUCUGCUCCUCACCGCCAACAUUAGCGGUACAUAUCGUGCAGUACCUAUAUACACAUUACGAUAUAAUUAACCGGGGACUGAAACCACAAAUGCCGAGCGAUCUUCUCAAAGGUACAAAAUAA